AUGGAAAUUUCCACUUCAAUCGUGAGCGCUACGUUGCUAGUAACUAUCCUAUGUGGAUGGGUUCGAUUCUGCCUAGAGCAUCACGCUCUUACGACUCCUGACUGUCUAGUAUGGUGCGGAUGGAUGUUCACUCUAGGGCGGCUUACUUGCUCAAUUAAAGUUUUAAACCUUGGAAUAGAUUAUCCUGUUGAUUCGGUAACAGGUGCGACAGACUCCGCUGAGCAUUUAGAGACCGUCUUCAUAGCGUGCUAUUUCUACGAUAUAGGACUCUAUUGGCCUAAGGCUUCAAUUAUUAUCUUCUAUUGGUGGCUGAUCCCGCGAAGGUUCAGGCGUUUGAAGCUAGCACUAUAUCUUACCACGGGAUUUGUGGCGAUGGCUUUCCUUGCAACAUUCGACCUCUUGAGGUCGCUCGAGAACCAGCUGGAUUCUAUAUGGAAUUCCAUUACCGACUUUAUCGUCAACUGGGCGUUGAAUAUCAUUACUGAUUUGUCACUCUUCUGCCUCCCCUUUUUUGUGCUUAACUCUUUGAAACUUCACGGAAUCUUCUCCCUAGGAAUGAUAACGAUGCUAAUCAGCACUGCCCGCUUUGUUGCAUAUAUCGUAACAGAUUAUCAACUGGACGCUCCUUCUGGCGAUGCAUGGUGCACUAUCGAAAUGAGCACUGCAGUAAUCGUUGUCUCUCUCCCUGGUCUUAAAAGUCUUCUCGUACAAUCUAGGUCCCCCGGAAAUACCACAGACCGCAGCACCAACGGCUACAUUCAAACGUCCUCACGUCAACCAUCUGGCAAUAGGCCCUUCGCAUCAUGGGUCCGUAUUGAAGAGGCCACAUUGGACGAUGAACUAGCACUGAUCUCUUAUGGCCAGAAUUUGAGUCUAGCUAUAACUAUUUAG